AUGCCCCUUCUUCCACAUUUCGUCUGGUCCCAUUUCAGUCAGGACCUCAUGCCAAGGGCAAAGGAAGGGCCAAUGAAGGCAGGGGUAAAUGAAAGACAUACUCUGAUCCUGGUGCCUUCUGUGUUUCCAGCAGAACACAUGCCCGCUACACCGCCCUCCACUAGGCAUCCCUCCAAUAGGCAUCCCUCCAAUAGGCAUCCCUCCAAUAUCUAUGAUGACCCCAACCCAGAUGGGUUUCAACCAUCCAUAUGGCCAACACAACACUUUAAUGCCUUUGAUGACGGAUCACCUUUUGCUCAAAGGAGUGAUGAGAAGGAAGAAAAAGAGGAGGAGGAAGAGGAGGAGGAGGAGCAGGAGGAGGAGGAGCAGGAGGAGGAGGAGGAUAAGGGGUGGGAUGAUAAUGAGGAGAAUUUCGCAUAUGGAGGCGAUGAUGAGGACGAUGGGGAAGACAAGGCUGAAGAUGGAAUGGUGCAUUUAAAUGGGGUCUGA